AUGGAUCAAGACGACAAUAUCAGUACUUCAAACAGCAGUUACGGACAGAACACGACGUUAACCCUGGAUCUUGCCUCAGACUGUAUCCCAUGGCUCGUGAUAUCCAUAACUGAGUGCUUGGCCAUAGUCAUCUGCAAUUUGAUCACCGUUAUCGUGUUCGUAAAGCAGCGUCAGCUACAGCGUCGGAGCACAUACUUGAUCAUCCAUCUGGCAGUAGUCGAUCUAUUAUUUGGUGCAGUUUCCGGUCCUGUGAUUAUUAGUGAUCUAUUGGGGUCUUACUGUGAUUUAUGGAAGUACAAUACUGAAAUCUUUCCAUUAGCAAACCUUUUUCCAGUCACUUCUAUUGUUAAUCUCGCAGUCAUUUCAUUGGAAAGACUGCAUGCAACAUUCACUCCAUUUAAGCAUCGCUUUGUCAAGAAAUGGGUUUAUGGAGUAGUAAUUGGUACUAUCUGGUUAAUGACUUCAUCGAGGGAGACUGUUCAAGUUAUCGUAUAUAAUACAGAAAGUGUCGUGUCUCCUGUCACGAUUGCAUUCUCGCCAUACACAUAUUGGUCAGUUUCUCUUUUAGUCAUCUGCAUCUGUUAUAUUUCAAUCUUUAUAAAAGUUCGACGCAGCUCUAAUCCUCAACGCCACGGUGCAAUCAACAGAGAAAGAAAACUGACAGCUACGUUACUUUGGGUUACGCUUGCAUCGUUACUGACAUGGCUGCCAUUUAUUGUAUUUAGCCUAAAUACAAACGCUCUUAACUUGAGGUCUUUCUUUCAUAUCAGGAUGACACUGGCGGCGCUAGUUGGUGCCAAUUCCUUGUUAAAUCCAAUUGUGUAUGCCCUUAGGAUGCCUGAUUUUCGAGAUGGAAUAUGUCGAAUAUUCCGUAGGACUCCAAGGCAAAUCGCUCCAGGCCGUUUACCGCGUCGAAAUCCUCUGCACACGAGUAGACUAGAUGAUGAUGCCUGAUUUAAUUGUCAGUAAAGCUUGUAUUAAGAGUUUCUCCAAAAAUCACAGCUGAUGAGGAACUCACUAGAUACGUAGCUACAGAUGAAAUGUAUCAGCAUUCAACGAAGUACCUUUCAUUUGAACAGAGGAGCGAAACACAACACCAGCAAGAAAAAAAAACGCUAGGGACAAAUGUCGCUCAACCGUGCGAAAAAAUUUGACAGUGUGAACCAAAAUGGUCCAUAAUAUUUUACGUGUGGUUAUACCUUGGAAUAAAACUGUCAGCUGAGGUAUUUCAUGGAUUGCUAAUAAAGAUCUUUGCACAUAGUAUUAACCGAUUGGGGUCCACCUUCUGUUCAUCGAUACAAAACUUCAAUUUUCUAAGAAUCAAAAGUCUAAAGAAUCACAUUCAAGCCUGGGCUCCUCCUCUAGCUUCCAGCGGCUGCUGGUAGUCGCCAUCGCAACAAUUCUUCUUUGGGCUGUCACACAGCGUUGGGUGACAUUCAGAACGGCUUGGAAGGAGAAUAUACUCCUGGAGGACCUUGAAGUUAUGGAGAAUGGUGGACCCAAAAGAACUGUUCUUUCAUGUCUCUAAAACAUAUCGUCUAAUUUGCUCCAACUUCUUUCGGUGUUAGGUAAAAAAAAAAAAAACAUUUAAGACGGUUGCAUUCACUACCCAUCCGGCACACCACCUAAAUUAAACUCUUGAGAAAGCAUUCUAUUUCCGUCUAACAAAUUGCAAUUACAUCAAGAAAGUAUCGGGACCCAAGAGAUCACUGAUCAGUUCAGGUGCACCUUCGCCGGUGUCAUCUGUUACAUAACUUGCACUUAAUGCAAAAUAUAUACAUUGGUGAAACAGGAAGACGGCUAAGUGACAGAUUUCGAGAACACCUUCGCGGUGCAGAAAGGAAUAACAAGGACGCGUCCAAACCAGUCAGUAAACACUUUAAUCUCCCUAAUCAUUCUGAGUAGCAUAUGCCAGUCUGCGGCCUUUCUCUACAUCUAGGCAGUUCGGAAAGCCACAAAACUUUCGAAAAAAAAUUUAUUUCCUCCCACUUAUUCGUAAACGUCCCACCGCAGUGCGCUACUGUUCAUGGCCGUGAAAUAUAUUUCGCCAACCGUUUAUCGUUACCCCGUUACAGAACAGAGCGCUUUAGAAACAGCGGUUUUCCAACAAUAGCUUUCAUAGAAAAUUGUAAAUACUAGCAAUAAAUUUACUAUCAUUUCCCCAGUGAUCAACACAUGUAAACACAUUUUACAAAAACAAUUUUUCAAGGAAUUGUAUCCCCAGCCCUCUUAAAGUCUUAAAACCUUAGUUAUCAUAUGUAAUUUGUAAAAUAGGUUUUAAAUUUUGUCAAUGUAAACAUGUUAUUAUUACACUCUAUGCGACGACAUGUACUUUAAUAAACCUUCAUUAUUAUUUUAUGAUGCUAUUAAAACACCUCUGCAGAACAUUUGAUGUAAUAUAUUGUUGACAUGUUUAGCAAUAACCAUCCUCCUUUUAAUUCAAGAUUAUUUCCAACAUUCAGGGAAGUAAUUCAAUAUUUCUGUUCUGUCUAUUUUGAAAGAGGGUAUAGCUUGUAAGUAGCCACGAUUAAUCUUUUCUUCAAGAUAGAGAUAAAACAUAUCCUGAUCUGAUAUUUCGAGUAUUGUUUCUAUAAAUUUCUUUUAAUCUAUCGAGUUUAUAGAUAAACAUGUGCUCAUGCUCUAAAACACUAUGAAACAUAUCUAUACUAAAAUGACCGAGAGAUAUUUCGAGACAAAAGCUAUGAUCUCACUUAAAGGAAGUGUAGGAUGUGUUUGUUUUGUCGCACUUUGUAAUAAUAGUCGCUCUUUGUAAUACCUGUCGCACUUUGUUAUAAAAUUCUCGCACUUUAGAACAAUAGUCGCACUCUGCAUGAACACUUGUCGUAAUUUGUAAUAAUACUUGUCGCAAUUUUCAGUAACACAUGUCGCAAUUUGUAGUAACACUUGUCGCAAUUUGUAAUAAAACUUAUCGCACUAUGUGUGAUAACAUUGGUACAUAUGGUCGGAAAGCGAGUAGAAUCAGUAACCACCAUCCUCGUCAAUAAUAUUAACGAUAGUAAUAAGAAUUUUUAUUCGCAUAGAUUUACUUUCAAGAGUAACAUUUGCAAGCGCUGCUGUAUACUUCAAUUAUUGUAGCAGUACUAAUUUCAAAUUGUGUACGAUUUAAACGUAACGUGGAAAACCCAAACUCAACGGUUCAACUCAUUAACCUGAUGAUGGCAUGAGUCAUGCCCUUACACAUAUCUUUGAAAAGCUUCCUCGCGAGUCUCACAUUUAUUUAAAUAGUUAUAAUACUAUUCUACGCGCACGACUUUGAGCCCGCCAUUUAAUGUCCAGAACAGCGAAAGUUCGGAUUGAGCGAAUUUGUAAGAGAAAUAAGGUGAUAUCUGUAUUAUCGGGUUCUCCACAUUAGUAAGGUGUCUUCGAGGUGAAAGUUAACUGAAUACCCACUUUGUUAAGAUAUUAUUGAUAGCACGAGCAACGAGGAACUCCUGUUUUGUGUGAUGGACCACCAACUUAAUGAAGAAAUGUGAUAACGAUUACCUGGGAAACGUUUUAUUCAAGCAUAUCUCACGUGAAAAAAAAAAAAAAAAAACGUCUCGAAUUAGCAUACGAUGUCAGAAAGCGUGUAGGAUGUGACCAAAGAUAUACAUGUAACUAUAUAAGAUGCAGACUCUAUAAAAAUGGUCCGGUGCGUUUCAGUUCGAAGAAUCGAUUUCUUUCAAAUUUUGCCCGUAAAUCUAUUUUAUUCUAAGGGUUAUCGCAACCAAAUUGUUUUUUUUUUUCAAAUAUUGCAAAAUAAAUGCCGAGUGAAAAUCGCUUCAGCACUCUGAGGCCCAUUUUUACAGCGUCGAUCAUCAAAACUGGCACAAAUUGCCGAGCCCAUUCUUUUGUAAAAUUCUGUUAAAAAUUUUCUUUUUUUCUUUGCAUGUUUAUAUGAAUGCUUUCUGAGAGCAAAGCACAUGAUCUUCCUCAGAAAGCUGAUAAUUUUCAGUUUGACACUUACUUUGACGCUACCCCAAUGGCCUUAAAGAUGCAACCUUUAAUCUUGGCUCAACAAAAAGUCCAACUUCCUCGCCAUGAUAUUUUCAUUCAGACAAGCUGAACUAAAAUAAAGGAGUAUGGAAAUAUUGUGGUCUCGGUAAACUUCUAGCCAGCCAGCCAGUCAACGUAUUAAACACAUUUUUAUUUUCGUCAAUAUCACCAUCACUAUUACUGUUAUAGUAUGUCAAUCAUCAUCAUUAUCAUAUUUAUAGCUAUUCUCAUUAUUAUUAUUAUUAUUAUUAUUAUUAUUAUUGCUAUUGUUAUCAAUAUCAUCAUUAUUAUCAUCCAGAUUGUCGUUUACGAGAGGUAUAAUGGUUGUUGUUGACUCCACUUACCCUUGACCAUCUAUAUCAGGUUUAUUACCUAUUGCGACAGGUAGGUUUGCAAAGUGCGAUAGCGUUUUUUUAUCAAAAGGGCCAAAAGUGUGAUCACAAAGUGCGACAAGUGUUAUUACAAUGUGCGACAAGUGUUAUUACAAUGUGCGAUACGUAUUCUAAAGUGUGACAGGUAUUACAAAGUGUGACAAUUUUAUUACAAAUAGCGACGAUUAUUACAAAGUGUUUCUGUGGUUUUCUAUGCUCGAGAGCACGAAAAAACACAAAGUAAAACUUCGAUGUUCAUCUAACUGCGUCGCGAUUCUGCUCCAUUCAAAGUUAAGGUAUGAGGAGACUCUCCUGCCUGAAAUUUAAUUUUGGUUGGGGGAUUUAAAUAGAAGUUUUUGUUAUUUGUGUAUGUAGGCGGAAGAGAGAUACGGCUCCGUAAGACAGUGCCGCAGAGAGUGGAAAUAGAGAAGGCUUUGGAUUCGUUUUUUACCGCUGAAUUCGAAAGCCUUCAAUUUGGCUACCAGCACAAGUGUUACAGGUAGCUGUCAGUUAGCGGGAAGACGGUGGAUACAAGAAGUAAAGAACAUGGUAAAAUUUUGCGUUUCCUGUAAAUGAAAUCUUUAAAUCGCCAACUAGUGAGGGGUGAUAAAAUUUAUUCUUGGUUUAUCUAACUUGAAAGCCGUCGUUGUUGUAAAGUUGUAUUCAGUCAUGAGAAAGUAAGGACUCUCCUCCUCUGACACACAAGUAAUAUUUUUUAACGUUUGUAAAUAUAUGUAAAUCAUGUAAGUGAACUGCGGUUUAAGCAAUGAAUAUGCAAGCGAUCUUCGCAGUAAUGAACACUACGGGAUUUAAACCCAUGACCUCUGCGAUACCAAUGCGCUGCUCUACCAACUGAGCUAACAAGCCAACUGGAAGCUGAUCAUUAUGUUGGUUCCAUACUAAUAAACCCGUGAAGAUUUGAAUUUUUUUACUGCGAAGGUCGCUUCCAUAUUCACGUCUUUAUCCGCAGUUCACAUACAUGAUUUUCGUAUAUUCACAGUCAUUUAUUCAUCACUUCACGGGUUUAUUUGAAACUAACUUAAUGACCAGCUCCCAGUUGGCUCGUUAGCUAAUUCGGUAGAGCGCUUCACCGGUAUCGUAAAGGUCAUAGUUUUAAAUCCCAUACAUUUUUUUCAGACCUUAUUUUCACUUCUGCUUACGUAGUGAUCAUCACUGCGAAGAUUACUUUCACAUUCAAGUAAUAUUUUUCUUUCUGGAAAAUUUUUGCAGCUACUCAAUGGCCGAAGAAAUCAGAAACAUUUCCGACAACGAAACCUCCGAGGAGAAGAAUUUCACCUUCAGUUACUCCCCGGACUGCAUUCCGUGGCUUGUUGCUUCCAUCACUGAAUGUCUGGCCAUUGUCAUCCUCAAUCUCCUCACUAUUAUUGUAUUUGUGAAGCAGCGUCAGCUACAGCACCAGAGUACAUACUUGAUCAUCCAUCUGGCCAUAGUCGAUCUCUUGGUAGGAGCAGUUUCGGGUCCUGUAAUUGUUAAUCAUCUUUUGGAGCACUACUGCGAUUUAUGGAGGGGAACUCAGACGAUUUUUAGAUUGGCCGAUUUGUUUCCCAUGGCCUCACUUGUAAAUCUCGCUGCUAUUUCUUUAGAAAGAAUGCAUGCCACAUUAUUUCCAUUUGAGCAUCGUGUAAUUAAGAAAAAGGUUUACGCAAUGGCAAUUGCCGCUAUUUGGUUUCUAACUUCAUCGAGGGAGACUGCUUUGGUUGUGUUAUACGAAACACAAGGAAAUUCUCAUCUCGCUAUAUCAUUCAAAAGGGUUAGCUUAGUAUCAAUUUUGUCAGUUUCUCUAAUUCUGAUCAGCAUUUCCUCUAUUUCAAUUUUCAUCAAAGUUCGAUUCAGUCCUAAUCCUCAACAUCAUGGUGAAACCAACAGAGAAAGAAAACUGACCGCCACCUUACUUUUUGUCACGCUUGCAUCUUUGGUAACUUGGCUUCCAUAUAACAUUAUCUUCAUAGUUCUAUAUCGGCAUGAAGGUGCCUCCGGCUUAAAAGGGGCCUACUUUCAUGUUGUUAUGUGGCCGGUAACAUUAGCUGGCGCUAAUUCCAUAGUAAAUCCAAUUGUGUACGCUAUAUGGAUGCCAGAAUUUAGGAAGGGUGUUAUCAGAAUGUUCCGUAGACCCCAACAUCGUACACGUGUCGCUGAUUUGCCACUUGUGAAUCUACAGCACACACCAAGUCCUACUGCUCGUAGAUCAGACAGACACGUGAAUACCCAAACUUGAUUGCUUUAAAGAAUGACAAUUAUCUUGUAGAGUCAUCCAAAUAUCAUGUUUAGUGAACUUUUUGCAACCAGGGCACGAGCGUAAGCCGUCAAAAUUUUGGUUCGCUCCUUGUUUGCUGGUUCCUAGUGCGACGUGCGACGUGAUUUUAUAUCUACGCAGUCAAAUUGACCGUUAACUUUUCAGUAAUUGCUUAAGGAAGCGUUUAAAAGCCCAAGGAAAGAGGAAAACAUGGAGUGUAAUUAAGACAAAAAGACAUCGUUUUUUUGUAAUAAAACAAACAUCAGAGUACACAAGUCUUGGCCACGUGCAAGACAACGAGAGUUGCUGACAAAUCUUUUUUCAAUGCGACACAAACACAUUUGCGAUGCCCUCGUCAAACCAUGGGAGGUCGUCGCAUACUGCCAAGGUUCAACUGCCUAAUCAGUUGCGGAAGUUUGCAAAUAUUUAUGACAUAAUACCAUUUUGGUUUUAAAAAUAGGGGCAAAUCCAGGAAUUAUUUUCUUGAGAAUCCAAAAUUUGUUUUAGAAAAACAUAGGUAUCUCUACUUUCUCCGAAGAUCACAUAGGGUGAGAGAUCUCUCGAGAGGAGUGAAAUUUAGAGAUUUCACGUUGAGUAACAACAUUCGAUCCUCUCUUUGCAAGAAACUUGCGGGUGUCAGACAAGUAUUUAAACAAACUCACAGGUCUGAGAGGAAGAGAUCUGGGUGCCCCAAACGCUUCCCCUGGAUCCAUCGAUGCGCAAACACGAACGCAAGAUGCUUUGUCAUAGCACCUUCAGAUUCCUUAGAGCAGAUUACCCCUAGCAAGAAUGAUUUUCCUUACAUCUCUUCCAGUACCAGUGCUGUGUCCUAAGUUAACGCAGCUUCCUAAAAAGUUUAUUCUUCUUCUGAUAACUGAUGACACUCUUGUCAGCUACCUAUCACCCUAACGAAAAACCUCUUUGAAACCUUAUACUAACUCUGUAUUUGCACAUUCAGGAAAGUUGACCUGUACCAGGCUUUCGCAUGCAAUAACUGUUGUCGUUCUGUCUCUCGUCUAAACUGUUACUCAGAGCCUAAAACUGUUUGAGGAAAAGAACUCGGUAACCGUUGCAAGAUGAGGGAUACAUAUCUUGUCUCAUCUCGGUUUCCUUGAUUAGGAAAUGGCUAAUCUUAUCUUCUGUUCCAAAUCAUAUGGCAAGUUAUGGCGUGCUGCAGUCAACGCUUUGAGUGGGUAACCUGCAGACAAGCACAGGGGAGAAACCGUGGUAGAUCAACUCAAAUGUGUAUGAUUAAUCCAUAGGCGAAGCUGUGUGGUCUCACUGCAAACUAUUGAACAAAAGGAAGUUCAUUUGGUCAUCUUUAUUUUUGGCUUAGAUCUUACAACUUCCUGAACUCAUAGGAAGUUGGAUUUCUUUAGAGACUCCUUCGAGGUUACUUCACUUAAAAACAGUUCGAUAAGUGUCAAAUUUUGGACAAUCUAAACGGAGGUCCCGAUCAUCCAACGAAUUGUUAUGAAAAAGUAGAAAUAUAUUGAGGAAUCCAUACGCUUUGAACUGCACUCUAUAGCUACAGUUUGACUUAACAUGAACUGUAAAACAGAACCAUAACCCCGUAUCUGUUUUCAUGUGUUCAUAACAUGUCAUCGGGCUAAAAGCAUUUAUUCUUUACGUCUGGUGUCUUUCUCCACCACUUAAGUUUACAUGCUCCUGUUUCUGUUUACAUCAAGACUGAGCGCAGCGCAAAUUGAUUCUAAAAAAGGGGAAGAGGGAAGUUUCUGCGAAUCUUCUUCAAUUUGCCUUUACACAUCUAGGUCCAUAUAAGGUUACGCUUGUCAUCGUUGUUAAUUAAGAUCACCGGGAUGGUAAGGUUUAAGUAGGACGUCAUUCCACCACCAGCAGUAUGAGGCGUCCAUGAUCGAUUGAAUUUCCUCGCCAGGGAUCAGAAGGAAAGGUAUUUUGUUAAAAAGUUUAAAUCUCCUUCUGUUUGAAUUAAUCGCCGAACUAUAUCAUCCAUAUCCUUUUCGUGUUCGCACGAAAUCAAUAUCAUGUCUGAAUGUCGAUAAUAGAAUCAGCUUUGAGAGGUCAGCUUUCAUCGCUUUUUUAUAAUCACUAUGAAAAGAUUUUGAACAGAGACCGGGAUGGUCGCCGACCAAAAUUCGGAAGAUUGGUCAAAAUUUGCAUCGAAAACGAAAACACAGAAAAAAAAAAUCGGUCGAAAUGUCAAAAGGAAUGAUUGACAUUUCUUAGUUCUGUCGCAUCAAGCGGUUUAGUUCCGCUGCACAAACAGUUAAUACGUUGCAAGAAAACAAAUUAUAUCAACCAGGCUUCUAGUUCGUGAAAGAGAAUCGGAAUCAGAAUCAAUAGGGAUUAGUUUAUGUUUUUAUGUUUUUUAAUAUCUCUCCGUUGAAGUGUUAGGCGGUAUUCAAACACAAUUGCCCGCUGCUAUAAAAUAUUUCCAGUCGUUGUUUGUAUUGCAAACGUCACUGCGAGGAAGUUAAAAUGGAUAAAAAAAACCAAAAAAAAGACCUGAACUCUUAGGUCAGAAUAUUAGUUUGCCUCCACAGAAUUGACCAACGUGCGCGAAAGUCAGCAAGACAAGAAAAGAGUUUCGUGUAUUGGGGCAAGCAGCCUAUGAGAAGAGGACAUUUUACCCCAUUAAAGAUAUAACUUUUAAUUUUCAUUUAUUUUUAAUUAUUUUGGAAAACGAUGAGGAAGAUCUUUAUUUCCCUACUCACAAUAAAUUUAGGCUGGACUAACAGCAAGAUAGAGUUUAAGAAAUAGAAUGUCAUAUUUCGACACUUCUUUAAUUUUGCACGAACUGAAGGCAUUAAGUAAUUACCGUUUGGAGUCAAAUCCAACAACUGUUUUUCUCGUUAUUGGUCUUUGUUAAAAUGUUGUUAGAAUACAUCUUUUUACGCCCAGGGCAUUGUAAGGGAUUCGUUGUGAGAAAGGAGGGAUCACAACAGUUUCUUGCAAAAUAAAGGGCAGCAUAAACUUUGGUUAAGUUGCAAUUUUAUGCGCAACGUUUGCUUCGAAUUGAUCGACGCAUAAAUAAAAAGUAAAGUGUGAAUAUGAAUUCAAGUAUAAGAAGUUUGGCAGACUGAUCUUAAAGAAUGGAUUGAGUGACGCACUCGAAAAAGUUUUUACUGUGUUUUCAAAAUCAAACAAUGAGAACGUAUUUGCCAAAAGGUGGUCGUUAAAGAAAUUGUGAACGGAGUUUGACUCCACUUUGUCCUUUGGCCGCCCUUUACUCGAUGCAUUUUCAGGCUCAUUGCGACCAACUUUCCUUGUCAUCUGUCACUUUGCGAGAAAUGCAUGACAAAGAAGGUGCCGUUUUUGUCAUCAAACCAUAAUUAUUCAGAACACGGUCUACAAUUUUGUUCUUGACCAGCUGUUCAUACCCGGUUAUAAAAAGUUGGUUUUCAUUGAUGCAAACACCUUGCUCGAUAAUGUUUGAUAGCAACAAAACAUUUCGAAAAACCGAGGAUCGCUUUAGGAAAUAUGCUUGCGGCUAGGUAUGCUGAGAUAAUUAUUUAAUUACGGAAGUCAACUGAUAAAUGUUAUUGCUCACAAAUGGCUUCUAACUUACACCUCCUCUAAACUAUCUUACCUAAUACAAACAACAUUAUUACUCGCUUUGGCUUCCGACUCCCAUUUGGUACAAGGAAGACUUACAAAAAGAUAAGGCGUUAUAAAUCGGCAAGAAAAGUCAUCUUUCCAGCUAGUAUCGUUUCCGUUUUACAAGGACUGAUCUUUUUAGUAAUGGUGAAAAAACGGUGUGAUCUUGUGCGGAAGUGCGAGUAUGAUAUUUUUUUUUCCAAGCUCUUACGCGCUCGCUUCGGUUUUCGUCGUUGGUUUUUCAUCUGUAGCUUUCAUCUGAAGUUUAUGUUGCACAAGAAGUGUCCAUUUUAAACAAGCUCCCAGUUGGCAUACAUACAUUCCCAUAAAUUUUUUUCAGGCCUUAUUUCCACUACUGCUUACGUAGUGAUUAUCAUUACGAAGAUCGCUUUCACAUUCAAGUAAUAUUUUUCUUUCUGGAAAAUUUUUGCAGCUACUCAAUGGCCGAAGAGAUCAGAAACACUACUAACAACGAAAGCUACGCGGAGAAGAAUUUCACCCUGAGUCAUUCCUCGGACUGCAUCCCGUGGCUUGUUGCUUCCAUCACUGAAUGUCUGGCCAUUGUCAUCCUCAAUCUCCUCACCAUUAUUGUAUUUGUGAAGCAGCGCCAGCUACAGCGCCAGAGUACAUACUUGAUCAUCCACCUGGCCACAGCCGAUCUUUUGGCUGGAGCAGUUUCGGGUCCUGUGGCUGUGCAUGAUCUUUUGGGGCACUAUUGCGAUUUAUGGAGGCAAACUCAGACGAUUUCCCCAUUGGCUAAUUUGUUUCCCAUAGCCUCACUCGUAAAUCUCGCUGCUAUUUCUUUAGAAAGAAUGCAUGCCACAUUAUUUCCAUUUGAGCAUCGUGUAAUUAAGAAAAAGGUUUACGCAAUGGCAAUUGCCGCUAUUUGGUUUCUAACUUCAUUGAGGGAGACUGUUCAAAUCGUGUUACUCAAAACACAAGGAAAUUCUCAUCUUGCGGUAUCAUUCUCAACAGUUCCACUAAUUUUGAUUUGUGUCUCUUAUGUUGCUAUUUUCAUAAAAGUUCGAUUCAGUUCUAAUCCUCGACAUCAUGGUGCAACCAAUAGAGAAAGAAAAUUGACCGCCACCUUACUUAUUGUCACGCUUGCAUCUUUGAUGACAUGGCUUCCAUUUACAACUUUCAGAAUAGUUGCAUAUUUGCAUAAAGAUGUUCUCUCAAGCUGGUACCCUCAACGUUCCUACUUUCACAUAACAAUGACGCUAGCGGCUUUAGUUGGCGUUAAUUCCCUGUCAAAUCCUAUUGUGUAUGCAAUAAGACUACCAGAAUUUAGGGCAGGUAUUUGUGAAAUGUUUCGCAGAGCCUCAAGCACUACAUCUCAAGCUGAAUUGCCUCUGACAAAUCUACAGAGCAAGCAUCCUAUUACUGAACGUCAAUCAACGUAAAUACUCACAUAUGAUCGUUUAAAAGUAUGAAAAGUAUCUCAAAAAAUUUCAUGCAAUGUAAACCUUUUUGCUGCCGGAGCAUUGGCAUAGCGGGCACAUUCUUGAAACAUGUGAGAGUUUUGGUUCAACCUUCGUUCGUUGGUUCACCUCAUGGAACAGCCUAUAGCUAUGAGGAAUCACCAUUUAUGCGAACUUAUAAAGUUGUUUGCUUUCAUGAAGACCUAGAUCUCAUCCAAUCCCGCGUUUACGCGAGGAACAGUAUCCAUGUCUACAGUCAAAUAAAAAACUCGUCGUUCCAGCAUCAAUCAACAAUCUACUUAUUGAAUAAUAUAUUUGAAACAUGUUACGGGGAAGUAGACAAUAAAUUUAAAUAUAAAAGAAAACCAUCUUAUUUCUAUCGAAUAAACAUAAGAGCAGAUUUUGCUCGAGUGUAAAACAACAAGUUCUGAAAAGAGAUCUCACUUCAUUCCACACCCAAUCAUUUACCAAUGCAACGUAAAAAUUGUCUCACACUGUGAAUUUUUCAGUUAGUCUAGCAAAGUUUGCUUCAGCAGACUGACAGACUGACAGCUCACGAUAAGGCUCUUUUGACAUGCAAAUGAAGAAAAGAGCGUCUGAGGGGCUAGCUUGAGGGGCUACCCCCAUACCCUUCCCCUGGGUCUACUAAUGCACAAACUGCGCGAUGCUCUACUACUGAGCCAUAGAGACUUCACGGUAAGCGAAUUCAAUUACGACGUUCAUCUGACACGCGUCCUGCAUACUGCUAGGAUCAGCAAUGUCGAUAGCGUUAUGUUUGUAGAAAAAAAUAAGAGAGAUGGUAAGUUUUGAGCUUGGUGAAGAAAUUAAGGAAUAUGUUUUUUUCGUCUUGUUACGAGUGUGGGACAGAAAAAUUUCUGAGUCCCCAUGAGGAAUCGAACUUCAGACCUUGGGAUUCUGCGCUCCGAUGCUCUACCACUGAGCCAUAGAGACUCCGCGCUGAGCGAGGUGUAUUACGAAGUUCAUAUGACACGCGUCCUGCAUACUGCUAGGAUCAGCAAUGUCGAUAGCGUAAUGUUUGUAAAUAGAGUCCUAGACUAGUCCUACGCUCUUGAAAAGAUAAAAAACAUCUUUCUUUAUUUCUUUGCCGAGCUCAAAACUUACCAUCUCUCAUAAUUUGAAUUUAUAAAGAGUUAAGUUUCUAAAGAAACUGUGGUGCUGCGUCGGCGAGAGAGUAUAACAGGGCAAUUUAGUAUUAGUAACGAGUUGAUGACGCAAAUUGGUCGCCGUAGAGAGUUUCAAAUCUGACGUUUUCGAGCAGUCGGCCUGAAACGUCAGGGCAGAGUCAGGACAGAGGAACACUACUAAAUUUGAACCUAGUCUACUACACGAGUAAGGAAUCUAAGCCAUCCAAUUGAAACUAAUCGUAGCAGUUUGCAUAAACGUUGAUUAUGACAGUCUCAUUGAAAUUCUAUCUCAUUGAAAUAAUUAUUCCGAUUUGUUUUCAGGCUCAAUUUUACUUUCGUUUCGUUACCAGCUGCGCGGUUUAUUUGGAGUCAUCACCAGAAAAAUCUUCUUAUUACAGGUGUGAUUAUAUUUUCUAUUGUAAAUAAAUCUAAGGCUAUUGAAUACAUUCAUUUGUGAAUGUGGUCAUAGAGGGUUAGGAAAAUCUUCUUCUUGGGUGCACGUUCUUUGAAAAGCAAGAGGUAAUUGUACUUGAUAUUCGGCCUACAGUUACAUUUUAGAACAUACUCAUUUUCCAUUCAGUAUGCAUUUUGCGACUCCUAUCUAAUCUUUCCAAAAACCUAAUCGACGCAACUCUACAGUCUCUCGAGUGAGAAACUUCCCCCACUUAUUCUCUGAAAUUAAUAUUCCUAUUUUGAUAAUUUAGAUGAUUGCGAGUUGCGAAGUAUUUCGAACAAUGCGAAAAAUGUCCGUUCGUUUUAUGCGAAAUUUAUUACUCCGCCAAAAUUUCAUUUUCUUGCAUUUUUACCUUCAAUUUUUGAAACACCUUACAUGCAAAGCCUUGUUUGAGCAUGGAAUCAAACCCAUAAUGCCUGUGCGAAAAAGGAAAACAACUCAAUCGAAACAAAAUUCAAAAACUACCUAGUUCAGUUACGUCGCUCGGUUGUGUAGUUCCCUUUCAGUUUUUAAACUCUGGGGAAUCUCCAUUAGCUGGAUCUGGGUCAGUUGUGUCCUUAAUAAGAUUUACGGAGUUUUUCUCACCGAUCACUAAGCAGGAGACUCUAGUUUGAUGUAUUUAUGUAAUGACUUUGAGUGAUACAAUUUUUGGGAAAUCGUGCUUGUACUUCAAAUCAGACUUGUGCUAAGCGACUGAACAUUUUGAAACAACCUGGUUAUUCUUUGAAUUGUUCGCUAUCCAUUCGCCUUAUCAUCUUUGAUCGGUUUGAGUGCAAAAGUCAGAUCUCUCGAUGAAUCUCAAACUAGUGAGAUGCCGAGGUAAAUAGGGGUGUGUACUCACCAAGAACGAAAGCGUAUAUCAGACACUUUCACACCAGUUGAGAUAAGUACCCCUCAAGAUUAAGUACAAUCGGCAAUAUCGUGAGACAAAAAUAUUCAUUGUAAACCUCUAACUUACAAAUUUCUUUUCCUCUAGUUCCUGAUCACACCAUUGCUAACGAAUUGUGUCCCGUAUUUCAGUAUCUGAAUAAAACAAAAAAUCACCAAAGGGAAUCCGAAAUCCCAGAGCUGCAAGAGAAUCAAAAUUAGCCAAAAUAUUACUCUUGAUUACGAGAGCUUCACUUUUAGUUUGAUUCCAUUUCAAAUUUGAACUAAUUUUGUUCGUUUUUAAAGGUUUAAUGGUUUUAUUGGGAACGAUAUACUUUAUCAUUAAGCUUUUCAAGUUCAGCAACUAGCUUGUUCAGCGACUAGCUUGCUGAUUUAUCCGCUAAGAAUUCCAGAAUUUAAGAAAGCUCUUUCUAAGAAAAUAUCAGUGCAAUGGGGCUCCAUUUACGAGACCACAACCUAAGCGUUCCCCACCUGCUGUUCUUUUGACUAGAAUCGCAUGAAAGUGAUGCUAACUGGCACAUUUUACACGACGUAUGGAAAAUGGCUUUCUUGUGAUGUUGUGGAUAACCGAAAAAAAGUGAUAUAUUAAAUUGUCAUCUCUUCAAUUAUUAGCAUUUAAAACGCCUUGAGAAAGUUGCUAUAUCCCUUCUCACCAAGCAAAGUGAUUUUAAGCUUAAUGUAUAAUUUCAAAUGAAGUAGCCUUAACUGCUAUGAUCUUAGGUAUAUACAAGGCAAACUUAUUAACACACACCAGGGGAACUUUUUUGGUGUUAAUCAUCUCAAACAAAAAUAUAUAAGAUAAAAUUACGAUACAGUCACUCUAAAAUUACAAUAUAAGACGAUAUAAGUUACGAUGUGGUAAGAAGUUAGACAUCCACGUAAGAGUUUAUUUCUUUAUUUUCUUUUAAAAUAAAAACAGAUUCACAUAACUUAAAAGUAUGAUAAAAAUCUUGUUACCGAAAGCAAAACGUAAACUGCGGCUAGCGCUGAAGCGUGUGAGUCGUUUUCGACCGAGGUAAGAAUUCAACCCAAUACAACCGCAGAAAACAACACCGAAAAAUUUGCAAACUCGGGAAAAUACGCAAUUUGCUGCAAAGAGAGGGGAAAAUAUGGCCACCUGGGACGUAGAAAUGGAGGAAUGCGUACCUCGUUCCAAAUGUGGGAAAGUAUUUGUAACGAGAUACCAAAGAUUUAGAGUAAAGCUGAAUUUUUAAUGCGUACAUAAGCGGAAGUUAGCAUCUAAUCCAAAAAUCUGGAUUGAUUACUUUUUUUCGCAAUGCUUUAAAAAUAGAAGCAAUAUAAUAUAAUUUAGUCGGACUGCGUCAUUAACGAAUAUUUGCUUGAUCUCUUUUGCUAGUGAGAUUCCUUUGCUUUUUAACCCUUGAAAGAGACCCAAAAUAUUGGUAGUAAAUUUCUUAACUUCUUUGUUUACCAUAUAGGUAUCUUUAUUUUAGGGAAUUUUGAGACAUGCCCGGAGCAUUCUGCAAUUCUGAGUUCCGUUAGAUUACCUUUGGCAAAAAGGUCCUUCCAUUCAUAUUUACAUCGUAUAACAUAUCAUCAGUUAGAAAAGGCACCCAAUUUAUUACCAAACUCAACAAAACAUGCACUUCGCAUUCCAUUUGUUCGUUAUGUUCCUAGCUUAACACGGGGGAAACCCACAAGAAGUGAAAUGUCUUAAACUAGAUGGCCCAAAUUAUAUCUCUCAAUUUUUUACACCUCGUGCUCGCCUGAAUAAUGUAAAUUUCACAGGACGCCAAUGUAUGAACUGUGUAUAAUUUUACCUAUUUUUACAUACUCUUGAGCUAUAUAUAUAUAUAUAUAUAUAUAUAUAUAUAUAUAUAUAUAUAUAUAUAAAUGUGUAAAUUUGACUCUCAACUUUCACUUAUAUAUAUAUAUAAGUUCUGUCUGAGGGGUACUUAGGCGCGAAACUCAGAGUCACGGAGAAUCGAUGCGUCCUCUUUAAUUCUUUAACUUAUGUAUACUAAGCUCUGCUACCAAAGCAUUGAGCACUUUAUGCCAAGGUAGACUCUACCCCCACAUUUAUAUAUAUAUAUAUAUAUAUAUAUAUAUGAUUUUAAAUAUAUGAAAUUCAUAUAUUUGUACUGCAGUGAAGAAACGAAAUUAAGAGAUCCUCGCAGCUAAGAACACUACUGAAACGGGUAGUUGAAAAUAGGACCUGGAAAAAUUUAGGCCUGUACGGGAUUUGACCCCAUGACCUUUGCGAUACCAGUGUAGCGCUCUACCAACUGAGCUAACAAGCCAACUGGGAGCUGGUCAAUAUGUUGGGUCCAAAUAAACCAUCCAAGUGAUGAAUGAUGAUUUUAAAUAUAUGAAAUUCAUAUAUUUGCACCAACUGAGCUAACAAGCCAACUGGGCCUGAAUUUUUUUCAGGUCCUAUUUCCAACUACUCGUUUCAGUAGUGUUCUUAGCUGCGAGGAUCUCUUAAUUUCGUUUCUUCACCGCAGUGCAAAUAUAUGAAUUUCAUAUAUCUAAAAUCAUCAUUCAUGAGUGCUCUCCAAAUUUCCCAAGUGCUUCAUAUCUCCAUGAACGCACAGAUAACGUAUGAACCAAUUGUUUUAGAACAUUUUCAACCCGAUGGAAACUUUUUUUCUCGAGGGAUUUGUUUGCUAACGUCAUGAGCGAGCACAAUAGGAAUAUGAAGUACGCUCACGCAAUUGAAUUUGAUGAGACAAAUUUACUAGCUAUGUUAUAAAUAUUAAUAUUUGCAUAUGCAUAACUCAAAUUUUAUCUUGUUUUGUAUUUUUAGUUUGUACAAUAGGUAACGUAUUGUGUUCUAUUAUUUUGUUCAAUCAACAAGAAUAAUGGAACAUUUGUUUCACAUAUUGUCAUUUAUCAAUUGCACUUGUCUUCACUUUUUCUCACCGCGAGAUAUUUUUCAUUUCGGGAGAAACUUCAUGUCAUUCAGCCAAAGCUUUUUGCCGUUAACAGAUGUUCCUCCUUUCAAAUUCAGCUCCGUGAAUUGCAUUUUAAUUUUCAGGCUUGCUUAGAUCUCUCUGUUUCUAAAAAUUAUGAAGGUUAGAUGUGUUUUCAUUGAGUCGCAAUUCGACAAUAUUCAACCGGAAAAUGAAGUAUUAGCCCCUUCGCUCUUAAACUAAAUUUAGAAGGGAAACAGCGAUUGUUUGACAUUACGAAAGUCCUUUGGAAUCCAGUAUCACAGCUAAAGUUCUGAAUGAGGUUGAUAAUUGUUGAUUCGUUGCCCGUGGCAAAUGUACGUAAGUUUGGUAACCAAAGCACAAACCGAAUAAAGAGAAACAAUAUAAUUUGCAUCACUAACGAACACAUCUUGAGUGAUCUUAUAAACCUUGUUGACUCAACACAAGCUAAGUUCUCGAUAUCAUUUGCUGGUAGCAUUCCUUCUCGUCUAACUUGUUCGAGAGACCUGAAACGGUUUGUAUGAUUUUCUUAACUUUCGUACCUCUCAUAAGAUUACAUCUUAAUUUAAGUUGCAGUUCUGAGUUCGGCUUUCCUGCCUUCAUACAUGUCCGAAUCAGUCCCUGCAUUAAUUAGCAAAUCUUUAAACAUAUCUCAUUUGGUUACCAACAUCCAUCAUCAAAAAGUGCACACUGCGUUCCCAUUUGUUUCGCGAUAUGUCCAUAGCGCAACAUUAGCAAGGGCUAUAGGAAGUAAGUGGCAAAUAACCUCAGCUCAUAACAGAGGAAAAAGAUACAAAGAGAACCGUAGUACAAAGUUCCAAUGAAAUUGACAUGAAUAUUGGGAUCCUUGUUUAACCUAUCACAAAUGAUUAAUUCUACCCUCUUUGGUCGCUGUGAUAUAUUUCGUUGUAAACAGAUAUUCUUCCCUUAAAAUUCAGCACUGUAAUUUCCAAUUGUAUCCUCAGGCUUAAGCUCUCUUUUUCUUAACUGUAUAAUGGAUAGGUGUAUGUUUCCAAGAGUCACAAUUCGACCAGACUUGUGGAACAGAGAACAGAGAAUAGUUGCUGGGACUAAAGCUUGUAUAAAUCUUGUUUAGAAGAGUAAAUUCUGGCUUUCCCACGGAGUCGUUAAUAAUUUAAGAGUAAUUGAGGAGACUUCCUGGUAUAGCUUUAGGGUUUCUUUAGGUCUCCUCACAACUGAUAUUAUACUUUAUCACAUAAAUUGCGGUGUUAUACAGGGAUUUUCGGCCCUGAGAAAAGCCGUAACAACACACACGAAAAAACAUCGUAUUUUCUCACGUGUGUUGAUACAGCCAAUCAGCUGCUGACUCGUCACUUGCCUUUGGCGCCACUCGGUCAGGUGGAUGAAUGAGCGGCAAAGACUUUACGAUUUUAAGUACAAGUUGUUUGUCGGAGCUUUCUCGAAUUAUGGCGGCUAAAACAUUAAAAAAAUCCGUAUCGCUGACAGACAGUGAGGUUCAAACUUUCCUAAAAGGGGAAGAAAACCAAUAUAUUAAAAGUAUACUAUAUACUAUACUAUAUACUAUGAGUAUACCCACUCUUUACGGUGGCCAAUUUACGUUUUUAACCUAGCUGUUAACACUAAAUUACCUGCUAUACUCUCCCACCAACGCAGCACCACAGUUUCUUUAGAAACUUACCCCCUUUACUAAAAGAAAAACCGAAAGUUACGUAUUCAGCGGCUUUGGUGUUACCAUUUCUCUAGGUUAAGAAUGAAAAUCGACAACUGGAAGAUUUGCCACCGGCCGAAUUUGGCCGUUUACCCGAAAGACUUCUUUUGACGGUAGGGACAAAGCCAAUAAAUGAGAAUUUUGUAAAUUGAAAAUUACGACCAUUGUCGUUUUUGUAAUCAUGAUUCAACGCAUUUUUCCAUCUUAAGAGUUAGCGCCAACGCACUCUACGAUUGUCGAUUCACAAUACAUUAAUGAGGUAGCUUUUCUUCUCAAUAAAGGGCUAUUGUGUCUAUAUGAUAAACAAAAUAAUACAUGGCUGUUUGUAGAUAUGGAAUUUCUCUUCUCUUGUACAACUCUGCAUCUCACUCGUUCGCUGCACUCACUCAUAAGCUAUCGAGUUGAACACUCGAAGAGAAAUUCCAUAUCUACGCGCGCCCAUGUAUUAUUCUCUAUUUAAAACUACUCCUUGGAAAGUUUAUGGUAGUGAAUCAAUUUGAACUUUACCUUGAUACUGAAAAUACCUUUAAAAAUCCUACAUGAUACCUUUUACAUUAGUCAUUGACACAUCAACCUCGAACCGGUCAUGAAGUCUACAAAAUUAAAAGCAAAAUAUGUCUCCAGCUUGUGACUCAAUGACACUGAUAAUUGUUAUUCGUUUCGAGGAUUCCUUAAGAUUUCCUUUGAAUCUCCUUCACGAGAAACCUUAAUUCGCUGCUGAUAAAAAGCAUGACGAGUCAGUAAAUUAUACUGAUAUUUGGAACAGCACUAUUCAAUUACAUCACUUUUACCAAUUCAUACAUCAAAAGUGAUAUGCAUGCAAUAUCGAUCAAUUUUAGCUCAUUUGAAAUAAUGUACAAUCUACAGCUCGAUUUGAAUGAUGAAAGAAAUCAAAGUAAGUGGGUGAAAGAGAUUCAGUAUUAUGAAACGUUGCAGUAUACUGUGUAAAGUAGGUGCCGUUUUUGUCAUCAAACCAUAAUUAUUCAAAACACGGUCUACAAUUUUGUCAUUGACCGGCUGUUCAUACCCGGUUAUGAACAAUUGUUUUCAUUGAUGCAAACGCCUUGCUCGUUAAUAUUUGAUAGCACCGGAACAUUUUAGAAAAAACCGAGGAUCGUUUUAGGAAAUUUGCUUGCGGUUAGGUAUGCUGAGAUAAUUAUUUAAUUACAGAAGUCCACUGAUAAAUGUUAUUACUCACAAAUGGCUUUCAACUUAAACCUCUUUUAAACUAUCUUACCUAAUACAAACAACAUUAUUACUUCGCUUUGGCUUCCGACUCCCAUUUGGUACGAGGCAGACUAACAACAAGAUAAAGCGUUGUAAAUCCGCAAGAGAAGUCAUCUUUCCAGCUAGUACAGUUUCCGUCUUACAAGGACUGAUCUUUCUAGUAAAAGUAAAAAACAUAGUGAUCUUGUCCAGAAAGGCGAGUUUCAUAUCUUUUUUUCCAAGCUCGCGCUGGCUUCGGUUCUCGUAGACACGGGUUUCGCUCGUUUCUUGUGUGUUGUAAGACAUUCAUGUACCUAUGCUAAAACAACAAUCCGUUUGAUCGGAUCUCUUUAUUUUUCAGAGUUUUACGGAAAUUAAAUUUCACUCGAGCAAAGGCUUGUCGUGACACUUUUCAAGACUUAAAUUUCAUACAACUUUGGAGGACAAUUUACAAAAAACUACGGAACUCAGAAAAAAAAAUACCACAGCCAUGAAUAUUAACUUUAUCUUAUAUAUCGAGGCGACUUUCGUAAACAUCACGUUUCAAUCAAGGAAACAGGAAGACUUGAAUGACACCUUAUCGGUUCGCCUAAAUCACACACGCCAAAACCGAUCAGAUUCAAGGUAAAUUUUUGAAAAAGUGAGGAGUUCUAAACUGAUCCAACUAACAUAGCUAGGAAGUAGGUGCCAUAAAAAAGGUAACGAGAACUUUAUAACUCCGUGAACUUACCUAAUUUUUGGCAAUCUCCAAGUUUGGCCGCCAUUUUGAGGGACUUGUCAACAUGAAACGUAACCGAUAUAAAUCAAGCAGGUAGAUCUAAAACCGUCAAAAAUACAUACGAAAGCAAUUCAAAUGAAUUUUACUUUCAAUUCAAGCUGCAAAAUUUGAAAUCGUUCGUUAAACUUACCAUCCCCAUGCGACCAUUUCUUCCAACAAUUCAAACACUACAACUAGUAUUCGAAUUCCCCUCGUCGAUUCCACAGUAAGAAAUAACCUGUGCCACCCAAGCUUCAACUCGAAUGUGAAGUACGAAUCAAAUAACAUAACUGCUUCAUCUUCGCGGUAAUAUCACGCUGGUAUUUUGACAUUCGGAUCGACAAGAACGGUGAUCAGGUAGCGAUCGCCAUGUUUACUUCAUAAACGUGAUCGCUGACCAGCCGCUGAGUGAAAACAGUACGGUUCAGUGGUGAGUGCAGGGUGAGGGGUGGGUGUGGGCAGAUCAUCAGAAGAUUUUUGGGAACAUUCGAACAUAUGCAUUAAAGUAUCGUGAUAAACAUUAGGACUGUCAGUCUUAAUGUGAAGGCAUGCUUCGUGUUGCAGACAACUUUUGUUUUACUUAGUAUUCCUUUUUCUUUCAAAUACAUUUCGUUCCAAAUAGGACUAGCAUCAAUUCAUAGAUUUACAAAUAAAAUCUUUACCACGUAAAUAAAUGUGUUUAGAUAAUCGAAAUAACCAUUGAACCUCUUGUAUCGCACUAGAAAUAACGUGUCUAGUCUUCGCCCAACUCUGAGAGCGUGGAGCGGCAGAGACGCGAGACACGAGUCUCGCGUCUCGCGGCUUCUCCAUGCUCACAGGAUACGCGUGACCUCACUAUCUUUAAGAAAAAUAAGAGACUGCUCGAAGUCUGUAUUCCGUUCAACCAUUUCAUAAGAGUGACGCGAGUCUUUCAAUUGAGUGAGAAAGUCACAAACCCAUUCUUUACCUCACGAGCGUAACCACUGACCACACUAGGCUUCUCCUUUGACACGGAAAUUGAAAUCGUAUCGAGUAUACAAAGUUAUAGUGAGUUCCUUUAGAUCUCCCGAACUUGUAUCGCGUUGGAAACAAUUACAAGUACAGGAAGAAGUCGUUCGUUAACGAGACGUUCAUUAUGUCUCAGGGCUGCUUUUUGAAUAGCAAAGAUGGAAAAAACUUUGGUUGAUCGCGUGGCUUAAGUGGUUUGGUACGACUGUCUGAAUGCAAUGACGAAGUAAAACAUCAUUUGAUAAGCUGCCACUGCCACCAGGUCUUAAGUGAAAAUGAAAUAAUCUUGGCAAGGAUUGGCCUAUUUCACCUCGCUCAGGAGGAUAAACAAAAAAAAUGUGGAUUUGCUGUAGGUAUCGCCACACUUUGGGGAAGUUUUGGAGAAGUGCAAAGGUAACAUGUCAGUAUCCUGAUCAUGAUGGUGUCAGGAAGCGUAUCCAAGACAGAGAUGUAAUUACCUUGCAUAUAUCUCAGGACAUUCAAAAGCUGUUUGGAGUUAUUAUUCCAGUUGAAUCAGGUAGUCUUCAGUAACAUUUUCUGUUAUAUAUUUUUGUCACGUGACAUAUCUGCUCGAAAAGAGAAGAAAUUCUUUAUUAGAUGAAGAGUACUUAAGUACACAUCACGUUGAAAAAACAUAGAUCUUUUUGUAAGUGCUUUUAAUUGCAGAUGGAAAUAUGUACAAUGUUGUUUGGUUGAUAAUCAAUAAUGUUUUUGUAGAAGGUUAAAUCACCUGACAACGCAAUACACUUAUUCAUGCGUACGGUUCACAAUUAUUUGCGGUCAGUUUUCCUCAGUUUGUAUGAUUCUCAUUAACCAGUAUGAUUAAAUUUGCAGACUAAAAUACCCCUUAUUUGAUUAAGAAUAAUAAAAGUAAACAGUGCAUCACGGUUUUCAAUUCCUGAUGGAUGCGACUGGGCUUUACUUUAACUGAGAAAUUUGCAAUCGCUUACCUCAACUCUCUGUGUCCCAUGCCGUAAGAGGCACUAGAAAAAAGUUGAUGAUAGUGAGUCUUGGCUGAGACAAGAAGAAUCAGAGAAGAAUCCAUGGUCCUCAGAAACGCCACUUUUAAACACAAGACAACUAAGGUAAAUUGAAUUAAGGAGUAUUUGUUUUAUUGAAAACUAUCGUUCAAGUUAUAAGAUACGCGAAUAACUCUCCCCACCGAUUUUUUCUUACAUUCUGUUAAUCAAAAGUUUCAAUCAUUGUAAAGGCUUUCUUGUUGAUCGUCUUAAUAGUAACAGUUUCCAGGAUCCAAGGGGAGCAAAAGAGAGAACAAUUUUCUGUGUAGUUAGGUAAGGCGACAUGCCGGCUUUAUACUUCUUCCGGCGUGAUAACGAUAAUGAUGACAACAAUGGGUAAAAAGCACCGUCCGCUAUUGAUGACAAUUAUCAUAGUUAUAAACAGAUCUCAGUUAUAGUCCUGAAAAAAAUCUCAGGGGGUCCUUUGAACCAUCCACUUCAUCUCGCCAGAAGUCAAAGUUGCCUACACUCAUUCUAAGGUUCGUGCGAUUUUACGACGAAUUUUCAAUUCCGGUGUGUUGCACGCGCGACUUUUGAUAGGAAAAGCCUGCACGCGCCAUAACUUAAAAGAACGUGUCAGUGGAAUGAAUCAAAUCUCUAUCAUUUUGCAUACAUUCUUGGGAACAGCAAAAAUUACCUAGUACAAACAUUCUAAGUAUAGUGUUCAUUCCGUGCAAUGAGGCAUAAAUAAAAGUUCUGGUGGAAAAGACACCUUAUCUUAUGCCACUGAUGACAGGCAAAAAGGUUAUAUGGGUACCCCGGAUAAAAGUAUAUUGUUAACUCUAUUAUUUAAUACCAGCUCUAAUUUAAAAGAGAAAGUUAUGAAAAUAAAAUAAAAGUUGUCUGUACCACGAAGCAUGCCUUAAUUGUUUAGACUGAUAGUCCUAAAGCUUUUUAAGCAUGUUUUAGAAUAUCUUAUGACGAUAAGCCACCCACCCCACCCCGCGCUAUACUGUUUUCACUCAGCGGCUGGUCAGUGGUCACGUUUAUGAGGUAAACACACCGAUCGAUUCCUGAUCACCGUGCUUGUCGAUCGGAAAAUCAAAAUACCAGCGUGAUAUUGCCGCGAAGACGAAGCAGUUGUGUUGUUUGAUUCGUACUUCACAUUCGAGUCGAAGCUUGGGUGGCACAGGUUAUUUCUUACGGUGGAAUCGACGAGGGGAAUUCGAACACUAGUCGGAGUGUUUGAAUUGUUGGAAGAAAUGGUCGCAUGGGGAUGGUAAGUUUAACGAACAGUUUCAAAUUUUGCCGCUUGAAUUGAAAGUAAAGUUCAUAUGAAUUGCUUUCGUAUCUAUUUCUGACGGUUUUAGAUAUACCUGCUUGAUUUAUAUCGGUUACGCUUCAUGUUGACAAGUCCCUCAAAAUGGCGGCCAAACUUGUAGGUUACCGAAAAUUAGGUAAGUUCACCGAGUUAUAAAGUUCUCGUAAAGGUCGGGCCGCAAAGUUUUUUUCUGUAGUUACCUUUUCUAUGACAACUACUUCAACUACUUCCUAGCUAUGUUAGUUGGAUCAGUUUAGAACGCCUCACUUUUUCAAAAAUUUGCCUUCAAUCUGAUCGGUUUUGGCGUGUGUGAUUUAGGCGAACCGAUACGAUGUCGUUCAAGUCUUCCUGUUUCCUUGAUUGAAACGUGAUGUCUGCGAAAGUCGCCUCGAUAGAUAAGAUAAAGUUAAUAUACAUGGCUGUGGUAUUUUUUUUUUCUGAGUUCCGUAGUUUUUUGUAAAUUGUCCUCCAAAGUUGUAUGAAAUUAAAGUCUUGAAAAGUGUCACGACAAGCCUUCGCUCGAGUGAAAUUUAAUUUCCGUAAAACUCCGAAAAGUAAAGAGAUCCGAUCAAACGGAUUGUUGUUUUAGCAUAGGUACAUGAAUGUCUUACAACACACAAGAAACGAGCGAAAUCCGUGUCUCAAGCAAAAUUGACCGGACCACUCUUACAGAGAUACUCUCUUAAACAAGCUCCCAGUUGGCUCGUUAUCUCAGUUAGUAGAGCGCUGCACCACUAUCGCACAGGUCAUGGUUUCAAAUCCCAUACAUUUUUUCAGGCCUUAUUUCCACUACUGAUUAGGUAGUGAUUAUCAUUACGAAGAUCGCUUUCACGUUUAAGUAAUAUUUUUCUUUCUGGAAAAUUUUUGCAGCUACUCGAUGGCCGAAGAGAUCAGAAACACUACUAACAACGAAAUCUACGCGGAGAAGAAUAUCACCCUGAGUCAUUCCUUGGGCUGCAUCCCGUGGCUUGUUGCUUCCAUCACUGAGAGUCUGGCCAUUGUCAUCCUCAAUCUCCUCACCAUUAUUGUAUUUGUGAAGCAGCGCCAGCUACAGCGCCAGAGUAUAUACUUGAUCAUCCAUCCGGCCACAGUCGAUCUCUUGGUUGGAGCAGUUUCGGGUCCUGUGAUUUUUAAUUAUUUUUUGAGGUACUACUGCGAUUUAUGGAGGCAAACUCAAACGAUUUUUCCAUUGGCUAAUUUGUUUCCCAUGGCCUCACUCGUAAAUCUCUCUGCUAUUUCUUUAGAAAGAAUGCAUGCCACAUUAUUUCCAUUUGAGCAUCGUGUAAUUAGGAGAAGGGUUUACGCAAUAGCAAUUGCCGCUAUUUGGUUUCUAACUUUAUCGAGGGAGGCUGUUCAAAUCGUGUUACUUAAAGCACAAGGAAAUUCUCAUCUUGCGGUAUCAUUCGCAAUAGUUACUUCGGUAUUAUAUUGGUCACUUUCUCUGUUUUUGAUUUGUGUCUCUUAUGUUGCUAUUUUCAUCAAAGUUCGAUUCAGUCCUAAUCCUCGACAUCAUGGUGCAACCAACAGAGAAAGGAAACUCACCGCCACCUUACUUAUUGUCACGCUUGCAUCUUUGAUGACAUGGCUUCCAUGUACAACUUUCACAAUAGUUAGAUAUUGGCAUCAAGACGUUCUUUCAGGCUGGUACCCUCAACGUUCCUUCUUUCACAUACUAAUGGCGCUAACGGCUUUAGUUGGCGCUAAUUCCCUGGCAAAUCCUAUUGUGUAUGCUAUAAGGCUGCCAGAAUUUAGGGCAGGUAUAUCUGAAAUCUUCCGCAGAACCCCUAGCACUUCAUGUCAAGCUGAAUUGCCUCUGAGAAAUCUA